AUGCACCUUAAUGCAUAUUUAAUGGCAGCUGCAACUGCCUUUCAAUCAGCACUCUUUGAGGCCAGCCCAGGAAAUGAAGAUAAUACCUUGGUGAUUUCUAGUCCAUUCGACACGAGCUCAAUUGCUUCAACCAUUGAUUUUUGUGCUGAAACCUCCUUCGAACAUGUGAUCCCAACGACGUAUUCUCAGGCCGAGGAACAGAAGCCAAAGACGAAGGCGUUCGUUGUGUGGCACGGGUUGGGCGAUAACUACGAGUCAAAUGGAAUCAAUAAUACCAUCCGCAUAAUAAAAAAUGUCAUUCCCGAUGCCUUUGUCCAUUCUGUGUAUCUCCAUCCGGACCCGAAAAAGGAUGAGCGCUUCUCUGUGCUCGGGUUCGCCAACAGUCAAGUUGAUGCUGUGUGCGAGCAGUUGUCGAAUAUCACAGAGCUUCAGAAUGGAUUCAGCGCCAUUGGUUUUUCCCAAGGUGGACUUUUUCUUCGCGCCAUUGUGGAACGUUGUCCCAAUGUUACAAUGAACACCUUGGUGACGUUUGGCCUGCCACACAUGGGAGCGCUGGAGCUCCCACUCUGCCCCAACUCGAACGACUGGAUCUGUAAACGCAGAAAUGCAUUUUUGAAGAGGCAAGUGUGGAAUGCGCUGGUGCAAAAAACCGUUGUUCCUGCUCAAUAUUUCCGUGACCCUGCUCAGUAUGAUAAGUACUUGGAGUACUCGCAAUUUCUUGCUGACUUGAACAACGAGCGCAGGGAGAACGUGAGUGCCAUUGCGCGCGAUCGCUUUCUGAGCUUAGAAAAAUUGGUUUUGAUCAAAUUCAGUGAAGAUACCACUUUGGUCCCGAAAGAAAGUGCGUUCUUCGAGGAAUUGGAUCCUGUGUCUGGAACCAUCAUCCCGUUUGACAAAACCAGGUUCUACACAAAUGAUUUGGUUGGACUCCAGCUGCUCCACAAAAAAAACAAAAUCGACUUUUACACCGUCUCUGACGUCCACAUGAGAUUUCUGAAGGAAUUUCUCAGACAAAUUGUGGAGACAUAUUUCGCUUAA